GGUACUCAAUACUUCUGUUCUUGUCUUUGUUCAUGUAGGUCUAGCUGAUGUAGCCGGGAAGUGCAUGGAAGGCUUCUAUUGCAUCAGCACAGCAGUGAGACCUGAUCCUACGGACGGUAUCACGGGUGAUAUAUGCCCUCGAGGAAGAUACUGCGGAAAUGGAACUGGAGCCAACCCUUCUAUGUGCCCAUUUGGGACUUAUUCCAACAGCACUGGUCUAAUGAUAGAGGCCCAAUGCACAGACUGUACAGCAGGGUCCUACUGUGAAGAUCCUGGACUAACACAACCAACUGGACUGUGAUCCAGGUUAUUACUGCCCAACCGGUCAGUCCUCUAGCAGCCCCUUCCCCUGCGGUGAAGGGUACUACUGCGAGGAAGGCAGUGCCUCUGAGACGGCUUGUGUAUCAGGGACCUACCAGGACGAUACUGGACAGCCAUCAUGCAAACUCUGCAACGGAGGAUACUACUGUGACGUGGCCGACGCCCCCAUCUCGGUCUACACCAUGUACCCUUGCUCCGUGGGGCACUACUGCAUGAAUGGAACCGAGUUCAGCACCCAGUACCCCUGCCCAGCCGGAACGUACAACCCCUCAGAAAGACUGGAGAGGGAGGGUCAGUGCUUAGACUGUCCUCCUGGAAGUUUCUGCGACACACCGGGCCAGGAUAGUUUGACGAGCGACUGUGCUGCAGGCUAUUGGUGCAUCGGGGCGUCGUCGAGUGCCACGCCUGACGACGAUGUGACUGGGGUGGAGUGUCCUGCAGGGAAAUACUGCAUAGAAGGCACUCCUGCCCCAGAGAACUGUCCAGUUGGGACCUGGUCUGAUAGCCUUGGUCUAGAGAAGGCUAGCGACUAGCUGCUACCCAUGU